AUAUUUUACUGUAUGGAUGGGGUAAAACCUUUAUUGAAGGAAGCAUUCCAAAUACAUACAACAAUUUAAACUUGUCAAUUAUUAAUGUCCAGACUGUAGCCACGUCAAAUAUUAACUGACCAAAAAACACUAAACACACUCACAUUUGGUACCUGCAUUUAAAAUCUGGAUAAAGUAGCCUACUAUUUGUCUUUAUUGCAGGAAAGGCAAUGUAAACAAUUCUUUAAACUUUUUCCAGUUGAUCAAUAAUUAAGUUUUUGUGUCGACUAAAAUCCCGUACAGCCUGCUUCUGUUUCAACUUUCAGUCUACAGAGAAUAACGCACAGGGUUUGUUACCAGGAAGUGGGUCGCGUUAUUUUUAUUUGAACACACUUGCUGGACGAUGUGAGGGUGCGUUGGAAAUACUUAACUUAUAUCGUUAUGUUCUUUACAACAUUUUUACACCAUGUGCAAUAGCCGGAGCUGUCGGCGUUUGAUUUGACGUGAUGUAACCUCGAUAAUCAUCGGAAAUACGAUACCGGCAAAAAACUCGUAUUAAGACACGGCUGCACGCCAGGUGGCGUUGUAAUGAAGAUCCAUGGGAAGAUUGUAACACAUUACCUGUCCUGCACUACACCUGUAGAUAAGGAGGGAUACCUAUAUAAAAAGAGGGAGAGGAACACAACUUACCUGCGACGCUGGUUUGUGUUAAAGGGAAAUCUGUUGUAUUACCAGGAGCGUCCGGGUGAUCGUAAUCUGUUAGGAGUGAUUGUUCUGGAGGGCUGCAUGGUGCAAGUAUGUGAGACGGAUGGUGAGUUCAGUUUCUCUUUGGUGUUCACUGGACCAGGCCUUCGUACUUAUAGACUGGCUGCUGAUGACCAUCUAAGCCAGGAGAGUUGGAUCAGUGCUUUGCUUUGUGCUAGUCACCUCUACCUUUCAAUGAUCGUCAGUGACCUGGAGAGACUUUACAAAGAAGCUAGAAAAGAGAAAGGCCUUUCGGAUCCCAUACAGACCUCUGCUGUGACUGCUGGUUGUGAGGAAACAUCCAUUGAUAAAAUGGCUUCCUGGAACACAAGACACCCUAAUUUCGGAAACGGGGCUUCCGUGGCACCAAGAGAUGUACGAAGCUACAGUACCGGUGCAGUACCACCUUCUAACAUGCCAAACAGACCCAUCAGCCAUAGUCUCCAGGCCCCUCCUAUUCCCAAAACCACCAAUAAGCGAUCUCCAAAGCUUUGGCCAAAGAGAAAUGCCCAUGUCACACCCUUAAAUAGUCCUGCACCAUCUUAUGGAGAGUGGCCAAUUGUGGGUUUCGAUCCAUUAGAGGAAUUUACUAAAUUGCAUGAGCAAUAUGGAAAUGAGGUUAGGCAACUAAGAGCAGAAUGGCUAAAGAAAAAGCAAGGGGAGGUGAAAUACAUUGAGGAGAAUCUCAUUGACCUUGGCUAAAGCAACGUCUAACUGGACCCCAUACCAGUCCUACGCCUACCUGUAUUAUUUUGUUUAUACUAACAUCUAAAUAUGGCUGUCACUAAUCAUGUUAUGUAACUAAUGUAGUAGCUAUGGUUGUAGUAAAUCUGAUACUACUAUUGUUUUAAGGUUAUGAAAGUAAGUGGUGGAGCACUGACUUUUGAUCCUGGCAACCCUUCUGGUAAAGAACUUCUUAUUUCUGUGCACUUUUCAUCCUGGUUCCUUAUUGAAGAACUAGCUCACUGUAGUUUUACCCCAUCCCUUAAGUUAAUUAUGUGCUGAUUUUUAUAACUGCAAAAAUUAUUUUCUUUUUUGUUUGCACUGCAAACACAACCAAAUUGAAUUUAAUGUUAACUUUUUUGAAGUGUUUGUAAGUCUGCUUUUAUGUUUUGGUUGUAUAUUUGUGAAUGCAAAAUAAUAAUUAUUAACUGGUUGUUCUUAAUUUGUAUUGUAUUAGCCUAAAUGUUUGUGGGUUUUUUUAUGGAUUAAAUUGUAUUGUGUUUAAUGAUAAAUACUCUUUUAUCUGACAGUAAGAUAUAAAUUAAGUUUUAGUGUACAUAGUGUGGCCUGGCUCAAAAUGUGAUUGUGUUGUGCAGUGGAUUACAAAAACAAGUGACUGUGUGUAUACAGUAGUUCUUCCUUUGCUGAGUUUGUUUUACACAGUUCUUGAGGUUUCACAAAUAAACCAAAAUACCCUGUUUGGUCUUCCUCUUUCACUCUGCUUCAGUUCGUUGGAGAUGUACAGUAAAUGUCAUUUGCAUUCUCUGUGAUUUAUUGGUGUUACUCAAGACAUUUAGGAGAUUAAAAGCAGUAUUU